AUGAAGGCUGCAUCUACCAGCUUGUUUGCGCUGAGUUUACUCGCGACGGUCGUGAACGCCAAAGCGCCGGCCUGCGUCAACCUUGAGCAGAACGUCGACUACUACGGUAACGACAUUGCGAGCGUCGUCGAGUCCAACUACCAAAAGUGCUGCACGUGGUGCCACAUCGUCGAUGGUUGCACGGUGUACGUUUGGAAUAGCUACAAUGGUGGCACGUGCUGGUUGAAGUCGAAGAAGGGUCCGUCAUCCACACAAUCGGGGGCCUAUGCCGGCUCGAUUCCCAGCACACCCGCUUCGACACCAACGCUUCCGCCGACCUCUGCUCCCACGCCAACACCGACUCCAACACCGACGGAGACACCGACGCCAAGCCCGGCGGCCACACCGACACCGACACCUACACCGACGCCAACACCGACGCCGAGCCCGACGCCGACGCCGGCGCCAACGGCGAUUCAGUUGUGCACGUUGAAGAAGACGAUCCUCUCCGAGUGGAACGGCAACUUGUACGUCGACACGAUCAAGGGCAACAACAACGAGAAGUUCCUGCUCUUGGAGACCGCUGGCAUUCAAUCAGUGAGCAGCGGCUCGGGCUGCCUCACGACCAGCAGUGCGUCUAAUAGCAUUUCGGUCACCAAGUGCUCCGGUGCACCGUCGCAGGCGUGGAAGUUCGACCCGGUCGCCAAGCGAGUCACCAACGGCAAGCUCUGUCUCGUUUCGGCGCCGUCGUCACCUGGCGCAUCACCCACUGUCGCGGCCUGUUCGUCGUCUGCCGACUCGCAGUACUUCGAUAGUUGCGCCACCGUUCCGAGCCCGACGACCACACCGACACCGACACCUACACCGACGCCGACACCUACACCGACGCCGGCGCCAACGGCGAUUCAGUUGUGCACGUUGAAGAAGACGAUCCUCUCCGAGUGGAACGGCAACUUGUACGUAGACACGAUCAAGAACAGCAACAAUGAGAAGUUCCUGCUCUUGGCGACCACUGGCAUCCAAUCAGUGAGCAGCGGCUCAGGCUGCCUCACGACCAGCAGUGCGUCUAAUAGCAUUUCGGUCACCAAGUGCUCCGGUGCACCGUCGCAGGCGUGGAAGUUCGACCCGGUCGCCAAGCGAGUCACCAACGGCAAGCUCUGUCUCGUUUCGGCGCCGUCGUCACCUGGCGCCUCGCCCACUGUCGCGGCCUGUUCGUCGUCCGCCGUCUCGCAGUACUUUGACAGCUGUGCCAGCGUCCCGAGCACCGUGCGGCUUGUGACCAAGAGAAACGCGUACUUGUACCAAGCCAACAGCGGCGUCUUUGCCGGUGCCAACAGCGACGACAUCAACCGCCUCUUCGUGUACAAUGCAGCGGCGCAGACGCUCCAGGCGCAAGGCAACGGGCAGUGCCUUGGAACUCCGGUGCUGCAGUUGCGUGCGUGCGACGGCAGCGCCAAUCUUAAGUGGUCCAUCGACGCCGUCAACCGCAAGGUCAAGACAUCGGGGCUCAACAACAUUUGCUUGGAUGUCGACCCAACGAACGCGAGUCGCGCCGCGCAGGUGUGGACUUGUUUUGCCAACAACGACAACCAAGUCAUUUCCGUCGUACCCUACUAA